UGAUAUUGCUUUGUUGAUUUGAUGAUAAGAGCCACCGCGUUGUAAAUUGAGUAAGAUUAGGCCGUUGCACAUGCAUGAUGCGCGUCAACUCCUUCUACCACCUUGUGAGGAUCUUAUUCCUCUGUGUGACCGUGCCCAGCAUCGGUCUCUCGCUGCAAGAAGUGGACCGCAACAGAACGGCGCGAAAACGAGUCCUGGAC